GUGGGCGCCGGCUGUGGCCCGGCUUCGUGGCGGGGCCCCGCCAGAACGGAGCGACCCCGUGGAUGCCAAACUAAAGCCACUUAAGCUAUGUCGGAUAUGCGUCGGGAUAGGGCCAGGACGCUGUGAACCCCACUCUGCCCCGACGCGGAGUCGUGCGCGGCUCAGGCCCGCCCCGGGCGGCCCACACGCUGCGGGCUCGCGGACACCCAGAGCUGGCACCUGGCUGCAUCUGGAGGAGACAUGGAGCAGCAAGAUGAUGAGUCUCUGGAGUCCCCGCAGGCCUGUGUGGAGAACUUUGUUCUACCCCAAGAGAUGAUCAUCGAAGUGGAGGGAGAAGAUGCUGGGCCACUGGACACCAUGCCCCAGGAAAGCACAGAUUUCAAGAUUGUGACCGUGGACCUCACUGAGGAGGAACAGAGCACUUGGCACAAUGCCCAGAGAACCCCAGAGAGAAGUGUGACCCUGGAGGGCCCCAGGGACCUGUGGGACUUGCCAGCUGUGCAUGGAAUAGAAGAAACCUCAAAGCAGACUGUCUUUGAUGAAGAAGCAUCCCAUGAAGUGAAGAUAGAGAGAUUGGCAAGGGAGGAUCCUUCGGUCUCCUCCUGUGAAGAAGGCCGUGCGUCUAAGGAGCAGUUGGAGAAACAACCAGAAAAGCAGGAGGAAGAGGCCUUUCCCCAAGCAAGAGCUGGUACCCCUGAGACGGUCUACAGGAGCGCUGAACUUGAUAGGAGUUGCCUGAGUUCCAGCCGGUGUUCUUUCCCCAUGAUUCCUCUCAGAAACCAUUUUCAUAAACAGGCACCACGUGUUAAAAAGUUGCAUGAUGACGCUGAUGCAGACAGUCAUCAGAAGGGUGGUGAUAAUGCAGAGCUCUCUAAAGAUGACAACUACGGAAACGCCCUUCAGAGUGUUCAUCUCACUCAGUUUACAGGAGCCCCAAAAGGAGGUCAGUCUUAUGAAUUUAAUGGCCGCGUUUCAUCAUUUGGCCAUGGCACACCCCUAAAUCUCCAUGAAAAAGUUCGUAUAGAAGGUAAAACCUUUGGCUUUAAAGGGCGUGGACAAGUUUUGAACCAUAACAUAUCCCUCAAUGAACAACAGAGAAUUCCUUUUAAAGAGGGCCAGUAUAAAUGUAGUAAAAGUGCCCCAAGUCCAUCUCUUCCUCAGAACAUGAGAAACUAUCCUGAAGAGAAACGUUUUGAAUGUAAAUACUGUGGCAAGUCCUUCAGUUGGAGUUCACAUCUCAUUGCACACCAAAGAACUCAUACAGGGGAGAAGCCGUACAAGUGCAACCUGUGUGGGAAGUUCUUCACCCGGAGCUCUCAUGUUGUUUCCCAUCAGAGAAUUCAUACUGGAGAGAAACCAUACAGAUGCAAUCUGUGUGGGAAAUCUUUUACCCAGAGGUAUGUUCUUGUGGUGCAUCAAAGAACUCACACUGGUGAGCGGCCUUAUGAGUGCAGCCAGUGUGGGAAGUCGUUCAGGCAGAGCUACAAACUUAUUGCGCAUCAAAGGACUCACACCGGAGAGAAGCCGUACGAGUGCACUCAGUGUGGGAAAUCCUUCAUCCAGAGCUACAAGCUUAUUGCGCAUCAGAAAAUUCAUUCUGGAGAGAAGCCUUAUGAAUGCAAUCACUGUGGGAAGUCCUUUAGUCAGAGCUAUAAGCUGGUCGCACAUCAGAGGACUCACACUGGAGAAAAGCCUUUUGAGUGUAAUUACUGUGGGAAAUCAUUCAGCUGGAGUUCCCAGCUCGUCUCGCACCAAAGGACACACACAGGAGAGAAACCUUAUGAGUGCAGUGAGUGUGGGAAAUCAUUCAACCGCAGUUCACAUCUGGUCAUGCAUCAGAGAACACACACUGGAGAGAAGCCGUAUCAGUGCAAGCAGUGUGGGAAAUCCUUCAGCCAGAGCUAUGUUCUGGUGGUUCACCAGAGGACCCACACUGGAGAGAAGCCCUACGAGUGCAGCCAGUGUGGCAAGACCUUCAGGCAGAGCUCCUGCUUCACUCAGCACCAGAGGACCCACACUGGAGAGAAGCCCUACGAGUGUAACCAGUGCGGGAAAACGUUCAGCCUGAGUGCUCGGCUCAUCGUCCACCAGCGAACUCACACCGGGGAGAAACCUUACAAGUGCGGCCAGUGUGGGAAAGCAUUCAUUAGCAGUUCUAAGCGCAGUAGGCACCAGAGGGUGCACACAGGAGAGAAACCAUACAAGUGUGAGGAGUGUGGGAAGGUCUUCAGCCAGAGUGCCUACCUGCAUGCACACCAGAGAGUUCACACCGGAGAGAAACCAUACAAGUGUGAGGAGUGUGGGAAGUGCUUCAGUAGGAGUUUCUACCUGCAAGGCCACCAGAGAGUUCACACCGGAGAGAAACCAUACAAGUGUGAGGAGUGUGGGAAGGAGUUCAGUCGGAAUUCAUACCUACAAGACCACCAGAGAGUUCACACCGGGGAGAAACCAUACAAGUGUGAGGUUUGUGGGAAGGGCUUCAGUCGGAGUUCAAACCUUCAAGGCCACCUUAGAGUCCACACUGGAGAGAAACCAUACAAGUGUGAGGAGUGUGGGAAGGGCUUCAGAUGGAACUCUAAUCUGCAAAUUCAUCAGCGGGUUCACACAGAGGAAAAAUUGUAUAGGUGUGGAGAAUGUGGCAAAGGCUUCAGCAAGGCCUCCACUCUGCUGGCCCAUGAGAGAGUCCACAUGGGAGAGAAGCCUUACCAGUGUGAUGAGUGUGGGAAGGCCUACAUUCGGUCUUCCAGUCUCCAGAUCCAUUACAGGGUCCACACCGGGGAGAAGCCAUACAAAUGUGAGGUGUGUGGGAAGGGCUUCAGCCAGAGGUCACAUCUUCAAGCUCAUCAGCGAGUCCACACGGGGGAGAAACCCUACACGUGUGACACUUGUGGUAAGGGAUUCAGUAGGAACUCAGGCCUUCUGAUCCAUCGAAGAGUCCAUAGCAGUGAUGAGUUCUGUAGGAGUGAAGAGUACAGGAGUGGUCAUCCUUCUGAGAACCUAUGCCGAAAUGAAGGUUUGCCGAAUACCGUCCUGUUGUGUUAAUGAAAAUGUAGUUCCUGUAUCUCGUUUGAAUGUCAGUGGUGGUUGGGAAACAACCUAACUAGAGAUUUCCAAAAAUCUCAACAACAUGCGCAUGAGCAGGAAUUAACAAAAGCACGAUUGUAGGCAGGAGUUUCAUGUCUCGUAGCCUGUCCAUCCCAACUACCAGGCAGGUGCUUCCCAAAUUACCACUCAGAGUCUUAAUAUGACUUAUGACCAUUUGACCGAUAGCUCAGGCUUAUUACAAACUACACUUACAUUUCAGGUUAACCAUACUCCGUAUUUACACUGCCACAUCAUGGUACCUUUUCUCAGUGUGCUAUACCCAUCUCACACUUCCCCUCUAUCCCGUCUCUCCUGAAUCUGCCCCCCUCCUUCCCAAUAUCCUUAGUUUCAACACUCUGUGUAUACUUCAUGUCUGGUUACUGACCAAUUUGAGUGACAAAUCUUUACUGUGUGCAAGAUUAUUCCACAGCAUUUCUCCUUUUUGGUCUAAUUAAAAGGGAAGGUGUGAUGAUAUAGAAUUGACUUUAUUACUUAUUCAAUUACAUGAAAUAAUCAGAAAUAGAAAUAUAUAACACGUAUUUACCACAUACAGCACAAGGAAUGAUGAUUAACUAUUGGUAGGAAAAUAUGCUAGAAGCCUCAGAAUUUCAUUUAAAAAAAAAACACCAUGCCAACAGCAAGUGUUUGAAAAAAGACUUUUCCAUCACUUGGCAGAAAGCCAAGGAAAUUAUAAGAAAUGCCCUACUUCCUUUGAUAUAGCGAAGCUCCAUGACCUGUGGGAAGGAACCUAAAAGUUACCCAGUGAAAUUUGGCAGAUGGAUGUGUUUCAUUUAGCAGAAUUUGGAAAGUUAAAAUACGUACAGCAUGCCAUAGAUACUAAGUAUUUCAAUGAGCAACUGCUUUGAGUUCUUAAAUGGCUGAUUGUGUAGUCACACAUUUGUUAGAAUUUAUGGCCAUCAUGUAUCGCAGUUUAAUAAGGAUCAGGAUAAACAAUUAGGCUGAACAGAUGUUUAUUUAGGGAGAAAUAACUCACAACAUAGACAGGUGAACACCAACAGGUUCCUGCUUUCAAGAAUGCCUCCAGAAGUCCUCCUCUCCCUGUGCGGCUUGCAAGAGAGCACUGUCCCACAGCUGGGACUUAGUUCCCCAGGUCACUUCCGCCCCUGGCUCCACCCCCAAUGGGUGUGGUCAGUGCCACAGAAGGAGACAAAGUGAAUAUCCUACUACAGUCAUGACUGACAGUGCUCUAGCACAUGCUUCUUCAUAUUAUAAUAUAAAGCCACUGAAAUAGAUCAGCCUGUAUAUUUAAGGAUGUGUUGACCUCAAAGUGGGAACCAGGACAUGUGUUAUUUUGGACAACAGGUUUUGCUUUUGUUUCUACAGGAGAAGAAAAGUUAUGGAUACCAUCAAAAUUGAUAAAGGUUUGAUUUGAACAAGACAGACCUCUUAAUCAGAAGAGGUGAUAGUUCUUCAAACACCAUGACUAACAAAUGCUUUUCAUUUGAUCAAAUAUAACUUGCCAAAAGGGAACCUCCCCAAAGCUAGGGUCGAGGAAAGGAUUUGUGUUUGUCUUUUCAAGGGUUUAAGGAAUCCAGUUAAGGAAUCUCAAGGCCACAUGACAGAUGAGACAUGUAAAGAGUAAGGACAAAUGAUCCAGAAAAAGAGUGAAUUGUCCUAUCGGUAUAUCACAUUUCCAACAGAAUAAAUUUUAUAAAUUUGCCCAAAUGUUUGUUUCUGCUGUUCUCCACAGACAUAUAAUGCAUAUGGUCUUUUUGUAGUUCCAAUCCAAUUAGAGAUUAAGCUGGCUUCAGAGUUGCAGUAUACUUCUCUCCUCCUCUAAACCCAAGCAUGCUUGUUAAAGAAAAAUCUAAAAUCUCUGUCCUUUGUCAGAAGAGCCUCCUGGUAUGGGACAGAAGAAAAA